UUCACAAAUGUCAGCGGCCAAAUGCCAAGCUAACCAAAAUCCUGGCCCCCUAGUUCGAACGCCUGCUCUCCCAAUUUGGGAGGUUAUUGAAGUUCAUUUCCAGAGGCGGCCACGCCCUUGUAAAAACCAAACUGUCAAAGACCACACCUACUUAGCAAACAACAGCUGUCAUUGGCUGUUAGUGGUUGCCAGGGGCGUUCAUUUCCGGUAUUGCAGAGGCUGGAAUUUCAGGUUCAUCGUUGACAGGAUAGCAAGAAAGUGAACCGUCCUGUCAGCGGCCUCAAGCAACAUAUCCAUCAUUAACCUGUAUUCGUGCAAGUUGUUGUAUGUCUAAACUCAGAGACAAGGAUGACCGAGAGCUCAGCAAAUAAACCGGCAAAUGGAGAAGUGUGUCAUCGAACAACAAAUGGGGUUAAACCAUGCAGAAACGGCUUCGUGAAGAAUCAUCACCAUUAUCAGCAGCAGCACCACAAGUCCUGCUACCUCGAAGAGAAGAUUCACCAUAGGACAUCCAAUGGAGGUCUGUACAGCAGGCCAUUCCUCGAAUCAUUUGAGGAAACGCCUAUGCUGGUGGCGGUUCUUACGUACAUGGGAUACGGAAUCCUCACCAUCUUUGGGUAUCUGAGGGACUUCCUGAGGGACUGGAAGAUUGAGAAAUGUCACAUCGCCCGAGAGAGGGAGGAACAAAAGGACUUUGUUCCACUUUAUCAAGACUUUGAGAACUUCUACACAAGAAAUUUGUACAUGAGGAUACGAGACAGCUGGAACCGGCCAAUAUGCAGUGUCCCGGGGGCCAAGGUGGACCUCAUAGACCGGGUCUCUCACGACUACAACUGGACCUUUGAAUACACGGGGCGAGUGGUGAAGGACGUCAUCAACAUGGGCUCCUACAACUACCUGGGCUUCGCCGAGAACACGGGCAGGUGCGCCGAGGCCGCCGCCGCCGUCACGCGCGAGUACGGCGUGGGAGUGGCCAGCACGCGGCAGGAGAUGGGUAACUUGGACAGACACAAGGACCUGGAGGAGUUGGUGGCGAGGUUUCUGGGCGUGGAGUCGGCCAUGGUGUUCGGCAUGGGUUUCGCAACCAACUCCAUGAACAUACCUGCCAUCAUCGAAAAGGGCAGUCUGAUUCUGAGUGACGAGCUUAACCACGCCUCCCUGGUGUUGGGAGCCCGGCUGUCUGGGGCCACUAUCCGUGUCUUCAAGCACAACAAUAUGCAGAGCUUGGAGAAGCUUCUGAGAGACGCCAUCAUCCACGGGCAACCAAGAACACGCCGACCCUGGAAGAAGAUUCUCAUUGUGGUGGAGGGGAUCUACAGCAUGGAGGGCUCGGUGGUGCGUCUGCCCGAGGUCGUGGCCCUCAAGAAGAAGUACAAGGCUUACCUGUACCUGGACGAGGCCCACAGCAUCGGGGCCCUGGGGCCCCACGGCCGCGGCGUGGUCGACUACUUCGGUCUGGACCCCCGCGACGUCGACAUCAUGAUGGGCACGUUCACCAAGAGCUUCGGGGCCGCCGGAGGCUACAUCGGUGGCAGGAAGGAGUUGAUGGAUUACCUGCGCACACAUUCUCACAGCGCUGUGUACGCCACCUCCAUGUCUCCGCCCGUCGUGGAACAAAUCAUCACUUCUAUGAAGUGCAUUAUGGGUGAAGAUGGCACCACAAUAGGCCGUGAGCGAGUGAAGCAGCUGGCGGAGAACACAGCCUACUUCCGGCGGAGACUGCUGGAGUUGGGCUUCAUCACCUACGGCAACAGCGACUCACCUGUGGUUCCCAUGAUGCUCUACAUGCCGGCCAAGAUUGGGGCCUUUGGUCGGGAGAUGCUGAAGAGGAACAUCGGCGUGGUGGUCGUAGGCUUCCCCGCCACCCCAAUCAUCGAGUCCAGAGCUCGCUUCUGCAUAUCCGCCGCCCACACCAAAGCAAUGCUGGACCUGGCCCUGGAGAAAAUCAGUGAAGUGGGGGACUUGCUCCAGCUGAAGUAUUCGCGGCACAGAACACGGCCAGCCGUGGAGCGGCCCUUCAUCGAGACCACAUACGAGGAGAGCGAGGACUGAUCAAAUCAAUAGUUUGAUUGAUCGAUCGGUUGAUUGAUCGAGCACCUCUCCGGCCUCAGACCAAACCUGCACUGCGCCCUCAUCCCGAGCUCUCUCCGGAGAGGAGAGAGUUACUGAACCACUCAAUAAAUGUAAUUUCUUUUCUUUUUCCCGGUCCUCCUUACUCCUAACCUGCACACAGAUUCUACCGAUGACCCUACUGAGGUCUGGGGAUGGUGAACAGUGGUCUGUCAUGUUUGUAUGUUUGUUUGUUUGUUUGUUUGUUUGUUUGUGUGUUUAUCAUCUAUCUCUCUCUCUGUUCACCAUUUUAACAUGCAUUUACUUUUUUACCUGUAAGCAAGGAAUUUAAUGUUGGGACUGUCUGCAUCUUAUGGCUUCUGUGUGCCUGUGUGUGUGUGUGUGUGUGUGUGAGAGAGAGAGAGUUUGAGUGUGAGACAGAGUGAGAGUGUAGGCAGACUACCAGGACACCAUUUCUGUGCUUAGAGAAGGAAAAACAAACUCUCGUUGGUCACUGCCUUCUGGUUUGCCUCAUACACCCCCCCCCCCCUCUCUCUCUCUCUCUCCUCGUUCACCGGUCUUUCCUCAAACCCAUCUCUGUGCACUGAAAACACCAUUGGAUUAAGUGGGAACAGACCGGAGAACAUAGUACUGGAGAGCCCCAGGGAUCUGGUCUCUGAGGACCACCCCAGCCCCCCCCCUCCCUUCACCACCAGCACCUUGCCCCCCCCCCCCCCCCCCCCCUCCAUUGCUGUGGCGAUCCCCUCCCUUAAAUCACUCCCUGAGAUCCCCCUUCUCUCCUCUCGGGAUUUGGCCCUGUUGUUUUUCUUUCCACAGCCUUUGCAUAACAACCAGGAAUCAGUGUCUUACUUGAACCUCAAUAUGGUUUCUCUGACUAGUGAUCUAUUUAUUUUUGUACAGUGAUAGAAAUCACUGCGGGGCGGCGCUGGUAAUGUCUUUGGCCAAUCCGUGCACAGCGCUGGUGAUGUCUUAGGCCAAUCCGUGCAAAGCUCUGCGCUUCUGUCAGAUUUUCAACUCGAAGGAGAUUCAUGAACUUUUGUGCAGGGACAAGACCUUCUGUUCAUUCCCAGAUUUUAUUAUUAUUAUUAUUAUUAUGCCGUUACUUUUCAUUAUAAUUGUCUUAAAAUAGGUCUUGGUUGAUGUUCACUGUUGAAUACUAAGCUUAAUUGCGCACGAGCAGUCUCUUGAGUUUUAUCUUAGGAUAAUCUGUUGUCUAUCUCCUUUUUUAACCUUUAUUGUGUAUAUUUUCAUUUGGUUUAUAGCUUUUGGUUUUUAUAUAUAUAUAGCUUUGACCAGUGAUAGUAUAGACUGCCCCCAAGGCCACCUCCAGACUAUCUCUCCGAAGUCUCUGGUCUGGUGAGGAACACGUGCCACCACUGUCUGUGUCAAGAUGGCAGGGAUCUCCGAAAAAAACAAAUCGCCUCCUGUGUUUAGAUCUGUCCAGUUUGUGUGGUUUUGUCUCUGAUGUACAGAUUUAUUUAUUGUUUUAUCUCUUUUUUUUUAUGUCUUAUUUGGGGAGUAAAAAAAAGUACAUUGUUUCUCUAAGGCAGCUCCAGAAUGUCCUCAACAAUGCACGUUUACACUGCACGCUCGUCAGUGCCAGUACUACUGAUGAGUAUUCCUCGUUAGAAGAGAGAAAAAACAACAACAACAACAACAACAACCCUUUGUAAUCCUCAACAAGCGCAUGUAUGACGUACUCACUGAGGCUGCUAGUUUACGAUGAAAACAAACAAACAAAAAAAAACGGUGCUGAUCUGUACUUGAUACACUAUGUUUCGUGGCUUUAGUGGCUUGUCUGUCUGAACGUCAUCCAUUCCAGAUUGUGUUUGAGAUAUCCAACUUGGGAAAAAUAAUACCCCUAACCCCUUUGACCAAAACAUAAAAAAAAAGGAUGAAUGUUGAUUGUCAAAUGUCAGAUGUGUUUCUUUCUUUUUUGGAGUUGUAUUUUCAUUUCUAUCUAUUUAGUUUUGAUAAGAGAAGUUAUCAAAACAUUCACCAGGCAAGGACAAGGAUUUUUACUUGCCAAUAAGUAUGCAUUGGUCAGAUCAGUAGUUUAAGGGGAAAGCUUUCCAGCUUGGUAAACACGUGUGCAAGCUUUUCAGCUUGGUAGACGUGUGUAUGUAUUGAAAAAGGACAUCUAAUCAUGUUUGACUGGACCUGGAAGAAGACAUGGAUAACCAUAUUUAGUCUUAUGUUUUAUUAAAGUGAUGUCUAUUAUUUUUCUCUCCCUUUUGACCUGAAUAACACUUGGUUCUGUCCAUUUAUGUUAUGGGAAUUUCUGGUCUGCAUAAAAGCAGUGGUGUCAUAGCCAGACAGCUUUAUCAAUACAUGUGCUGUAACACAUAACAUGGGUUUGCUACCAGUAGUAACAAUGGUAGACCUACUUUCUCGAUCAAAGUGCACUGUUCCCUAGAUAUCAGCACUGUUCACUCCUUCCAGGACAUUAAAAUAUGACUAAAACAUCA